AUGUCUCUGCUCAAUCCUGUCCUGCUGUCCCCCAAAGUGAAAGCCUAUCUGAGCCAGGGGGAGCGCUUCAUCAAAUGGGAUGAUGAAACAACAGUGGCCUCCCCGGUUAUCCUCCGAGUGGAUCCCAAGGGCUAUUAUUUAUACUGGACAUAUCAGAGUAAGGAGAUGGAGUUUCUGGAUAUCACCAGCAUACGUGACACUCGCUUUGGGAAGUUUGCCAAGAUGCCCAAGAGCCAGAAGCUCCGGGAUGUCUUCAACAUGGAUUUUCCUGACAACAACUUCCUGCUGAAGACUCUCACUGUGGUGUCUGGCCCUGACAUGGUGGAUCUCACCUUCCACAACUUCGUCUCCUACAAGGAGAAUGUUGGCAAGGACUGGGCUCAGGAUGUACUGGCCUUGGCCAAGCACCCUUUGACGACCAAUGCCCCCCGCAGCACCUUCUUGGACAAGAUCCUGGUAAAACUCAAGAUGCAACUCAACCCCGAAGGGAAGAUUCCUGUGAAGAAUUUUUUCCAGCUGUUUCCUGCUGACCGGAAGCGAGUGGAAGCGGCCCUUAGCGUUUGCCACCUUGCAAAAGGCAAGAAUGAUGCCAUUAAUCCUGAGGACUUCCCAGAAUCCGUUUACAAGAGUUUCCUCAUGAGCCUCUGUCCUCGGCCAGAAAUAGAUGAGAUUUUCACUUCCUAUCAUGCCAAGGCCAAACCCUACAUGACCAAGGAGCACCUGACCAAAUUCAUCAAUCAGAAACAGCGGGACCCACGGCUCAACUCCUUGCUGUUCCCAUUAGCACGGCCUGACCAGGUCCAGGGCCUCAUUGACAAGUAUGAGCCCAGUGGUAUCAACGUGCAAAGGGGUCAGCUGUCACCUGAGGGAAUGGUCUGGUUUCUCUGUGGACCAGAGAAUAGUGUGCUGGCCCAGGACAAGCUGCUGCUUCACCAAGACAUGACACAGCCACUCAAUCAUUACUUUAUCAACUCCUCACACAACACGUACCUGACAGGCGGUCAGUUCUCAGGCCUUUCCUCUGCUGAGAUGUACCGCCAGGUUCUGCUAUCUGGCUGCCGCUGUGUGGAGCUGGACUGCUGGAAAGGGAAGCCCCCAGAUGAGGAACCCAUCAUCACCCAUGGUUUCACCAUGACCACAGACAUCUUCUUCAAGGAAGCUAUUGAAGCUAUUGCAGAAAGUGCUUUUAAGACCUCCCCUUAUCCUGUCAUCCUGUCAUUUGAAAACCAUGUGGACUCACCCCGCCAACAAGCUAAGAUGGCCGAGUACUGCAGGACAAUGUUUGGGGAUAUGCUGCUCACAGAGCCCCUGGAAAAGUUCCCGUUAAAACCUGGCACCCUCCUGCCCAGUCCUGAGGACCUCCGAGGCAAAAUUCUCAUCAAGAACAAGAAGAAUCAGUUUUCUGGCCCAGUGUCUCCCAACAAGGAGCCUGUGGGGGAGGCUGAAAGUAGUUGCCCACCCAAAGUCCCUGUGGGUGAGGACACAGUGUGGACUGGUGAGGAAGGAGCUGAGCUGGAGGAGGAAGAGGUGGGAGAGGAAGAGGAGGAGGAGUCUGGAAACCUGGAUGAAGAAGAAAUAAAGAAAAUGCAGUCAGAUGAGGGCACAGCAGGCCUGGAGGUGACAGCUUAUGAGGAGAUGUCCAGCCUAGUCAAUUACAUCCAGCCUACCAAGUUCAUCUCUUUUGAGUUCUCUGCCCAGAAGAACCGCAGCUAUGUCAUCUCCUCCUUCACUGAGCUCAAGGCUUAUGACCUGCUGUCUAAGGCCUCAGUGCAGUUUGUGGAUUACAACAAGCGCCAGAUGAGCCGUAUUUACCCCAAGGGCACUCGCGUGGACUCCUCCAAUUACAUGCCCCAGAUGUUCUGGAACGCUGGUUGCCAGAUGGUGGCUCUUAACUUCCAGACAAUGGACCUGCCCAUGCAGCAGAAUAUGGCAUUGUUUGAGUUCAAUGGACAGACUGGCUACCUCCUCAAGCAUGAGUUCAUGCGCCGGCCAGACAAGCAGUUCAACCCCUUCUCGGUGGACCGAAUUGAUGUUGUGGUUGCUACCACCCUGUCGAUUACAGUGAUCUCUGGGCAGUUCCUGUCAGACCGCAGCGUGCGCACCUAUGUGGAAGUGGAGCUGUUCGGCCUUCCUGGAGACCCCAAGCGGCGAUACCGCACCAAACUGUCACCCAGUCCCAACUCCAUCAAUCCUGUCUGGAAAGAGGAACCUUUUGUCUUUGAGAAGAUCAUGAUGCCUGAGCUGGCCUCCCUCAGGGUGGCUGUAAUGGAGGAAAACAACAAGUUUCUUGGACACCGCAUCAUCCCCAUCAAUGCACUGAACUCUGGGUACCAUCACCUCUGCCUGCAUAGUGAAAGCAACAUGCCUCUUACCAUGCCUGCGCUCUUUGUCCUUCUGGAGAUGAAGGACUAUGUACCUGAUACCUGGGCAGAUCUCACCGUGGCCCUCGCCAACCCCAUCAAGUUCUUCAGCGCCCACGAUAAGAAGUCUGUGAAGCUUAAAGAGGCCAUGGGAGGCGGUGUGCCUGAGAAGCCAUUCUCAUCCAGGAGUCCAGUUGCUGGCCAGGUCAACGGGGCCUCAGCUGCCACCAGUAACGGAUCGACAGCGGCCGGAACCAGGACAAGGGAGGAGACCUCGAAGGAAGCCACAGAGCCUCAGACCGCCAGCCUAGGGGAGCUGCGAGAGCUGAAAGGCGUCGUGAAGCUGCAGCGGCGUCAUGAGAAAGAGCUGCGGGAUUUAGAGCGGCGCGGUGCGCGGCGCUGGGAGGAGCUGCUGCGGCAGGGGGCCGAGCAACUGUCCGGGAUCCGGCCGCCGGGUGGUGGCCGCAAGCUCGGCCCUGGCAAGGGAUCCCGCAAGAAGAGAACCCUGCCCGGAGAGGAGGCCGCCUGGGCGGUGCCGAGCGAGGUCCCCGAGGGCGCGGAGGCGCGAGUACGAGAGCUGAAGGAGAAAUUGGAGUUGGAGCUGCGGCAGCAGGCCGAGGAGCAGUACGAAUGCGUCCUGAAGCGCAAGGAGCAGAACGUGGCAGAGCAAAUUGCCAAGAUGAUAGAAUUGGCCCGAGAGAAACAAGCUUUGGAACUGAAGACACUCAAGGAGACCUCAGAGAAUGACACCAAAGAGAUGAAGAAAAAGCUGGAGGCCAAGAGGCUGGAACGGAUCCAGGCCAUGAUCAAGGUCACCUCAGACAAGAUGGCCCAGGAGAGGUUGAAGAGAGAGAUUAACAACUCCCACAUCCAGGAAGUGGUACAGGUCAUCAAGCAGAUGACAGAGACCCUAGAGAGGCAGCAGAAAAAGCUGGAGGAGAAGCAGACGGCCUGCCUGGAACAGAUCCAGGAAAUGGAAAAGCAGUUCCAACAGGAGGCACUAGCAGAGUACGAGGCCAGGAUGAAGGGCCUGGAGGCUGAGGUGAAGGAGUCGGUGAGGGCCUGCCUCCAAGCCUGCCUCCCUUCUGAGGCUGACGACAGAUCUGAGAAGUCCUGUGGUGCUGUCAUGGAGCAGACUGAGAUGGGCCCACUCACAGCAGGGGCGCAUGCCCAGGAGAGCCGCCUCUGA